AUGAUCCAGAAGAUGGCUAACAAUAGCCUGUUCGAACGCUGGCGACCUUAUUCUCACUUCUCGGCUCCUGCUGGCUGGAUGAAUGAUCCGUGCGGACCUUUGUACGAUCCUAUCGGCAAAACGUAUCACAUGCAUUAUCAAUGGCACCCGGAUCAUGUCGAAUGGGGAAACAUCUCCUGGGGCCAUGCAACCUCCGAUGACAUGGUCACUUGGACUGAUAUUAAUCAUUUCCCCGGGAAUCAUAUUCAAGCUUGGUCUGGCCAUCAAGCCCAAUCCAUCGGAACUUCCAAUUUGACGAGCAACAAGCAUGUUCCUCAGAAAUACAACAUCUUGGGCAUCUUCUCAGGCACUGCUCAGCCUGUGAACCUUACUGGUGGAGUGGACGGCACUCUUCUCACAUUCUACACGUCUGUUUCGCGUGGGCCCCUCAGUUGGGAUCAACCAUAUCCUGCAGAUGCAGAAAGUCAGAGUUUGACAUACUCAACCGAUCAAGGUGUCACUUGGACGGAUUAUGAUGGCAACCCGGUGAUCAACCACCUGCCAGUGGAUUGGAACAUCACCGGUUUCCGAGAUCCCUUCUUUCACGAUUCGCCGGAGCUUGAUACAAUGCUGAAUUAUUCCGAGCCACAUUACUAUGCAAUCUUCGGCUCUGGUAUUGGGGAUGUUGGCCCCCGGAUCCCUCUCUAUACUGCACCGGCUUCGAAUUUGACUACUUGGAGUUACUUGGGUGCUCUGUGGGAGCCCAAUGGAAACACAUCAUUGGGACAAACUUACGAAACUGGUACAUGGGGUUGGAACUUUGAAUUGCCCAAUCUUUUCAAGCUAGGAGAGCACUGGUUCUUCAGCUCGGGAGUAGAGGGUGGAAGUACCGAUUAUCAUGAACAGAAUUGGGUUGUAUGGAAUGAAGGAAUUGUCUCUGCUCGACUGAAUGGCAGUGUCGCUUUCCAACCUAUUUCCAUGGGUGCUUCAGAUUGGGGCUUGCUUUAUGCGAUUACCUCGUUCAACGAUACCAAGAACAAUCGCCGUGUUCAGAUCGGGUGGGCACGUGAAGAUAUGAAUGGUUUCGGCAUCGUUCAACAAGGAUACCAAGGAGCUUUGUCAAUCCCUCGAGAGUUGUUUGUCAUGAACACCCCCAGUAUCAUUCUACCGAUGCGCAAUACGAGCUCUGUCUAUACACGGCAAUCCAAUGGAACCUAUACAGCCCGGACUAUGGGUGCUCGUCCUGCUCAAGACAUCGUCUUGGGUUUGCGGAAUGGGUCGAAUGUCUUCAAUUGUACUGUUCACAGUUUUGUCGGCAAAGGGAACGGGUAUGGAUCGAAUAUGUUGAUGAAGGCAAUGAACACUUCGUACGAGGUGUCGAUGACCAUUGAUUCUACGAGAGGCCGCACCGGUCUCACAAUCGGUGCUUCGCCUGAUUUCCAGGAAUUCACUUCUAUCUACUACGAUCCUGCAACUUCGACUAUUGCUUGUGAUCGUACCAAUUCCUCCACCAUCAAGGAGUUCCUGAAUACAACUUAUGUUGGGUUUUUCGAACCCUACAAUAUCUCAGGAAAGUCAGAGUCUGUCCGGUUCACAGUAUUUGUUGAUGGAUCUCUGGUUGAAAUCUUUGUCAACGAUCGCUUCGCCUUGACCAGCAGGAUCUACCCCAGUCGGCUUGAUAGUUCCGGGUUAGGCAUUUACGCUGCGCCGGGUGUCAAUGUCACGUAUUCUGGCCCAAUUCGAAUAUGGGACGGGUUGAGAAAUGUGUGGCCUCAUCGACCGAGAAAUUCGAGCAGUUUGUUGGUUUAUGAUACCGAUCAAGAGACAAAUAAUCGGACUUGGUGGAGCGGGCUUUGA